CUGUGAUGCAACAAUUACUUUACCGACGACACUGAUUUCACCGAACUUUCCGGAUACUUAUCCGGAUAAUACGCGCUGUGAAAUGCGCAUCUCCGCACCGGCUGAGCACGUGAUCAACGUACACAUCACUCAUCUCAAUUUAAACCACGGUGUUGGUAACCAUGGUGACAGUUAUCAAGAAGAUGACGAUGACGUAUGUUUCAAUAAAGACACUCUAGUAUUUAGUGAAGAUAAUAGUGAGGACGUUGAAAGUAUAAUAUUAUGCGGAUUCGAGCAUGACGACCAUGAAAAUGUGCGCUCUUCAAGUACCUUUAUGCGAAUUGUAUUUCAGUCAAAUGGAAACCGAGAUGAUUCUGGAACAGGAUAUAACCUGAGUAUCUCUUUCCUAGCAGUGUGUGAAGAAAAUCUAGAAAGAUAUCGGUUCGGUUUGAUCACUGUACUGAUUCUUUUUAUAUUGCUUAUUAUUUUCUUCGUCAUGCUUUUGUUAAAAUGGCGCCCAAAGGCCAAGAAGACCGGCAGUUCAUCUACGAGUGAAAUUGGGAUGGAGAAUGUUGGUAAGUGAAAUUAAAUUAUGUGCCGGAGGUCAUGUGACAGGAUGGGUAAGAUGUCAUCUAAAAUGUGUUUGUGAUAAAAGAGGUGUUAGAGACCUACUCUACCAUACUACCAUAUUUAAAGAAGCUAAUAGGCCUACCUGUUGGCGUGCACUGCAUGCAUGAAAAGCAACAAAGAGUCGUUUCCGAGCCUUACUUAUUAUUAAUUAAUGCUAUAGGCCCUAUUCGAUGCUAUAUUCAAUGCUAUAAUGCUUUAUUCAAUGGUAUAUUCAAUAAUUCCAUAUUCAAUGCUAUAUUAAUUAAUGCUAUAUUCAAUGCUAUGGGUAUUCAAUAAUGUUAUAAUCAUUAAUUCUAUAUUCGAUGCUAUAUAUUCAUUAAUGCUAUAUUCAAUGCUAUACGGAACUCAUUAAUGCUAUAUUCAAUGCUAUAUUUAUCUAUAGGCAGGGUAUCACCCGUCUUAGUAUACACUAGAAAAUCAGUCGCCUGUUUGUCUAGUUGAAUCAUCAGACAGUACAGAAGAAAAGGUUUAUUACAACUUAGUUGACUUUUCUGAUUAAUGAAUUAAAUGGAAACUUAAAAAUCAGGAAGUUGGUACGUGCGUAUAAUGUCGCCAUUCAUUUCCGUGAUACAAUAUAAGCGGCCUGCUCUCUAAAGUACGAUUCAUAAUAAAACCGGUUUACAUCACGUUCGCCACACUCACCUGAUCCCCAUCCAGCACCAAGGUUUAUUAAUAACAAAAUCAAUGACGUAAUCGAUUGUCAGUAAUUAAAGUGGCAUUCAUGAGUUGUGGCGUUAUUAUUUUGGUACGCCAUCAUCUUUAUGCAUUAUUGAAAUGAAGGGACAUUUAAUUAAAGAUCACGAUUUAAGAUUUCAUAAUAAAAUGCUUAAUGUAUUGGUUGAAAACGUAGUAAUAUCGCAUGUCGGAUUAGAACAUUACUAAUGCAUGUUCGUACUGCGUACCACUUCAGAAAUUAAUCUAUACAAGCAUUAAAUGUUAUAAACAAGCUACGGUAUUUAGUUAAAAAAUUCAUUAUGGAGAUAGGCAUGAUGCGUUCACGUCAUCACCGCACGAACACAUCGUGCGCGUCAUUAUUCAGAUGUAUGUAUUUGUCAUUUGUAAAAACGUUUUACAUAGAAAUACAAUAACGGGAUACACUCAUAAAUAAAUAAAAGAAAUAUAUAAUAACAGGUAAAAAUGUAAUAAUAGGCCUAUAUCCCCUGCCGGACACCAUCCCAGUAUUUCUGAAUCGUGGUUUCGGGGCCAUUAUAAAUUGAAUAUUAGGUUUAACUAUACUGACUAACUAAAACUACUGUAAAAUACUAUGGUAGAAACAUUAUGCCAUGUUGUGACCAUGAUGUUUUCUGAUGCAUUACAACGUUCAUCUAACCAUGUUUUUAUUUAUUUUUUAUUUUUCAAUUUCUAGGUAACAAUACAACAAAAACAUAACUAUAAAAAUACAAUACCUGAGGAUUAUAAUGAGUGCAAGCACUGUCAGAGCGGCUCUCCGUAUUGAAUUCUUUACGUAUACUAAACAUUAAAAUUAUCUCUCUAAGUUCGAUACAAAAAUGAAAUAAUAAAAUUUUAUUUCGUCAACAAAAUAAAAUAACAUACAUUAAAGCUGCUGAAUAUACAAACGAAGAGCCAAUGAAAAUGAUUUAAAACUGUAUAUUGAUUGUUCUGGCCUACUAAUAAUAGGAAGAGAUUCAAGGACGAGGAAAAUUUAUAAAGAAUGAAUAUUUAAAAGACUUGGUUCUGACAAAUUUGUAUUUUAAAAUUACGGAAUCUGAAUAGGCCUAUCUGUGAUUGAAAUCAAUAACAUCAUGUAUAUUACAAUUUUGUCCAUAAUUACACAUAAAUAUAUUUCAUUCUCUGAUCCAUAGUUGCUAAAUUACGGUAAGUUGUUCAAUUCGUUGUUCAAAAUCUCCCUUAACACAAAGUUUAGUAAUUCUACGUAAUGGUUUAUUUACACUCCGGCAUCAGCACAUUCACCCAACUAGACACAUGAAUGAACAAAAGAACAAAACACCAAACUGUGUGUAAUUGUCAUUUUUUACUAAAAUAACUAAUAUAAUAAUAAUAAUAAUAAACAGAAUCGGGAUCAACAGCUUACUUAAUCAAAUUAAGCUCUCCGUGUAAACACCAUUUUAAAUUAUAACCAAAACACAAUAUC